UUUAUGAUGUUCUUGUUAACCAGAACAAACGAAAUCUCGAAAUGAAGAGUGGUCACUGUUAACUGCAAACUCUUAUCCAUUACCAUCUCUUCCAUUCAUAACCACCUUUAGCUUCCUUCAGCUAACAAGAAGAACCAGAGAUGCUUCUUUCAUGUCAAAAAUUCUACAACCUUUACCUUCCAUGCUCCUCCUCCUCCUCCAACUUCUCCAACCCAUCAUCCACCAUUGUCAGUUGCCAAAACCAAAACGAGCACCACCCCAUUAUCCGCACACACAACUCCAAGUCCUCCUCCUUUCUCCUCCACAACCUUUCCCUCAAGGAAGACGACGAUCACCCUUCACUCUCUGAGCUUCAAGACACAACACCCCAUGAAGAAAAGGUGAAGCUCUUGGAACUUUCACUCGUUAGGAAGAGAACCCCUCGAUUCCCUGGCUCAAUCUAUGCUCAAUCUCCCAGUGACCCUGAUGUGGGUUCUUCUCUUCCCCCUCUGCGUACUCUGUUUCGGUCAAGUGAUGGUGAAGAUAAGGGUGAGGAAGAGGAGAUGAUCAUGCGCGCGCUUCAGAUUCGUAGGAAGGUUACAGAAGAGAUUUUCAAGGAAGUGAUGGAGAAAAAGGGGAAAUUUGGAAUCACGUAUGUCAACAAUUUGACUCGCAGGUUGGGUGGUUUCAUUGAUUUCAUCAUGAUUGAAGCUGCUAAUUUGAAAAGGUUGCCGGAGUAUUCUCAAUCCACCUUCAAUCUACGCGCUAUAACCGUCAUUGAUGACUCUCAGGUUGUGUCACUUGUCAGAUGGUUGAAGCAUAAUGCAAUGUCAUAUCCUCAGAUAGCAAAGCUCAUUUUGAUGUCAAGAGGAAACCUUGAGUUGAUAAGGAACCGUGUUGAGUGGUUGAAGUCGGUGCUUGUGAAAGGAGACUUUAUCGGGGAAGCAAUGUUGAAGGCUGGAGAUAAUAUUUUGCAGCGCAGCAAUGAGGAGCUGGAUGAGAUUGUUGGGUAUUUAGAAUCUAAUGGAGUCAGGAGGGAUUGGAGGGGUUAUGUCAUGAGUAGAUGUCCUCAAUUGUUGUCUUACAGCAUAGAAGAAGUGAAGGCACGUGUCCAUUUCUAUCGAGAUAUGGGUUUGGAUGAGAAGGAUUUUGGCACAAUGGUUUUUGAAUUUCCUAAAGCACUUGGUUUCUAUACUCUGGAGGAAAUGAACCAAAAGGUUGAUUACUUAAAAGAAUUUGGGCUUGAAAGUAAGGAUGUUGGCAAAUUGCUUGCAGUUAGACCACAACUGAUGGCGUGCAGCAUUGAAGAACAAUGGAAACCUCUUGUUAAGUAUCUCUACUAUUAUGGGAUCACCCGAGAUGGUAUGAAGAGAAUGCUUACCCUUAAACCAAUGGUCUUUUGUGCUGACUUGCAGAUGACUAUUGUGCCAAAGGUACAAUUUUUUCAGGACAUAGGGGUUCGAAAUGAAGCAAUUGGCAACAUGCUUGUAAAAUUUCCUACUCUACUCACUUACAGCCUGCUCAAGAAGAUUAGGCCAGUGGUCAUAUUCUUGUUGACCAAGGCUGGAGUCAGGGACAAAGAUAUUGGCAAGGUUGUAGCUCUUGGACCUGAGCUCUUGGGAUGCAGCAUAGUACAUAAGCUUGACGUAAAUGUGAAAUAUUUUUUGUCUCUUGGCAUACGCCUUCCGCAAUUGGGUGAAAUGAUUGCGGAUUUUCCAAUGCUGCUCAGAUACAAUAUAGAUGUCCUUCGACCUAAGUAUAGUUAUUUGCGGAGAACCAUGGUCCGGACUUUGCAAGAUCUCAUCGAGUUUCCAAGGUUUUUAAGCUAUUCUCUUGAUGGCCGAAUUAUCCCAAGGCACAAGGUUCUGGUGGAGAAUCAGAUUAAUGUGAAGCUAAGAUACAUGUUGGCUUGCAGUGAUGAAGAGUUUAACAAAAUGGUCAAGACUAUGGUUAGAAAACGCCAGAAAUUUCAAUCUUCUGUCAUGGAGGAGGAUGCUAAUCAUCCACAAUCAGUUAUUACCAGUGAGAUUACAACACUCGAGACAUGAAAAAAAACAAUAAAUGGCUCUGUGGAUAGCCAAAUGGUAAUUCAGUUUUUGAUGACAAGAGCAGCAGAAACACCUUAGUGGAGGAAAAGGAACUCCUGUGUCUUAGUAAACAAAAAGAAGCUUGCAAUUUAUCAUCCACGGCAUCACUUGUAAAGAUAGAACUGCUGUAGAGUGUGCUAAUGAAACAUACCACUGCAGAAUAGAGUUUUGGAGACCUGACCUAUGUACUUCUUGCAAUGAUUUGAGGAGAGCAGGAAAACAUUUGACUGUUGUGCAAUUGAAUAAUCUGUCUGAACAUGUAAUCAUGGUCGCCAUUCUUGCGCUAGAGAGGAGCUGAACACCAAACUUUUCCCUUAUGGAAUAUCAAGACUCAAAUUUAUAUACAAAACCCAGUUAAAUCUAUCUUGAUCAGCAUUUCUGUUAACAGCAGCAUUGUUGCAUGCUCUUUGAGGACAAGAUAUCAUUCCAAGGCAUAACAAAUAUUUCCAGCCCUUGAGAUAUUUUUUGUAAAUAUAAAUCAGUUAGUAUUCAUAAAUAACAUGGUUGCAGUUAUUAUGUCUCGUUUUUUGUCUUUAAGCUAUUUUAUCAAUCAUGUAUUGUUCCAAUGCGUGUAAUAAUUCUGUGUCACUAGCAUUAUGACAGUAGAAGUGACAUUUUCCUAUGAGUUGUGUAGAAUCCUUGGACGAGUCCUUGAUUUCACUGCCCGUACCAGUGAAAUUGAAGACUGCCAACAAAUGAUUUUGGAUAAGCCUUUUGAACUAC